AAGGCCCCGUGCUCUGCCAUGGUUGCCGAUAUUCUAUUGAGUGUGUGUGUAUGGUAAGUGAGUGGGUGUGUAAUAAAUAGCCCAAAAACAAGGGGAGAGAGAGAGACGGCGCUUUCUCCGUUGCACACAUCUCAAGCAUUACUGUAAAUUCAAUAUUUGUGUGUAUGCUUAUCCGUAUGUGUAUGUGUUGAUCUAUUGCAACGGCUACAUUCAUGUGGUAGUGGGGCGGUGAGAUUGUGAUUUGUGACUAUACCCUCAUUUUGUGCUGCUCCUUCUUUGUAUUCGGUGGGAGAUAUAGAGAUCCUGAUGGAUUACGACAAUGACAACGAGAUGUGGGAUUGGCAAGGUGAGGAUUAUUGUCUUCAAGACAAUACCACUAACCUUGACAUAUCAAAGAGCUUGUGGAAUGGAGUAAACCAGAAUGAAGAAAAUCUUUCUUACAUGUUCGAUGAGACGACUCCGAUUAAGGCUUGUGGGGAUUUGUCUUAUCAUGUUACUAGCAAAGAAAACUCGAGCAAGGGAUUGGAGCAAUGCAGAGAGACUUUAUCCCAAGUAAAGAGGCGCCGCAUGCUACAGUUUGACCCUGAAGUUUUGGGUGUUUCCCUGUGCAAUGAGGAGAUCUCAGCAAAUAUUUUAAGAUCAAAGGAGAGGGAGGAUUCUGUUGAAGAGGCUUUCUCUGAUAUGUCGCAGUGGGUUUCUGGAUUUGCAGAGGAUACAUCUGCAUCUGGUUAUGAGGGCCUUGAUCCAUCAUCUGAAGGGUGGCUAGCCGAUUGCUUUAAUGAUGCUGAGAUGCACGUCAGCCCCGAUGAUAUGAUCCAGUCUGGGGCAUCUGAUGUUCAAAUUGAUAUCACAGAGUUCAGCAACGCCACACCUGAAUAUGAAGCUAGUAUGGUUCGACAGCGCCCAGCUCGAACUCGUCGAAAUGUUGUUUUCAAAGGUAGGAAGUCGUACAUGCAGACACCCACAAAGUUGGCUUCUUCUGUUGUCUAUCCAUUUGCCUUCAUCAAACCAUGUGGUGUCCAUGGAGAUGUUACUCUAAAGGACAUAAACAAGCGAAUACGUACACCUCCACCUUCAAGUUCAACAGAAACUAAUGAAGAUCCUUCUACUUACCCCACAUCUGCUUUUUCUGGGAAGCCUGUUGUUGGUAAAACUAAAAUUCGCACUGAAGGAGGAAAAGGCUGCAUCACCAUAAUGAGAACCAAAGGUUGAUUAGAUAAGUGUUCUCCCAAACUCUCUUUUUGGGGCCCUUGAUCCCUUACUGUCCGCGGCAAGCUUUUUUGUAUAUUAUUCUGGGGUCACCUAGUAUGGAAAUCAAUACGUUGGUUGCUGUUGUUAUUCAAUUUCAUGAAUCUCAUGACGUGUUUAUGUGCCAAGUCCUUUUCUAGGUGACAGGUCCCUGUUGUUUUAUACCUAAUUAGAACGGAUGUAGACUCUACGAGGAUUUUGAUGUCGUAGAAAUCCUCCUACCUUUGUUUGUCAUAACUUUGCUAAUGUUUUGCCUAAUCGAGUUUAAUGUGAAAAGCUUGAGUUCACUUUGUUUCUUCUGAUUCUGUGACUGAUUAAUUUUAUGGGAUUCAAU